AUGGCAUCUCACCACUCCUCAGACGACGAAGGCUACGGCAUCGACCCCUCGGUGCCCUUCCAGGGCGUCAUUGUGUGCUGCACCAGCAUCCCACCAGACCAGCGGACAGACAUUGCCCAAAAGGUGGCCGAGCUCGGCGGCGUGCACAAAUACGAUCUGACGCCCGACGUCACGCAUCUCGUCGUCGGCGACUAUGACACUCCCAAAUAUCGCCAUGUCGCCCGCGAGAGGGCCGACAUCAAGGCCAUGGACGCCGCCUGGAUCAACGCCGUCAACGAGCUGUGGAAGAAUGACGACGAAAUAGACCUAGUCGCCCUGGAGAAGAGAUAUCAGCUCAAGGCACUGGAGACGAGCGGCACCGAGCCAUCAUUACAGGAGGACACAUUGCCAGCGGCCCGUGGAUCGCUAUUGAUAUGCUUGACCGGGUUCGGCGACGAAAGAGACAAGAUUGCAGAGAUGAUUACGCAGAACGGCGGCCAAUACUCUGGAGAUCUAACCAGGAGGUGUUCGCAUCUGAUUGUCAACAAGCCCGAGGGCAAAAAGUUCACAGCAGCCAAGGCGUGGGGACUGCACACGGUCACUCUGGACUGGCUCGUACAGAGUGUAGAGCGCGGCAUGAUUUUGGAGGAAUCCAAGUUCGAUCCGCUAUUACCCCCGGAGGAGCAGGGCGUUGGCGCUUGGGUAAAGAAAGAUCUUAAGCGAUCCUCUCUAGGCAAGAGAGCAAGGUCAGCCGUCGUCGGCGGUGGGCGAGACGAAGGGGUCAGGAAGCUUCGCAAGACUGCCAGCAUGAAGCUGAGCUCACAAAGAAACGAUCUUUGGGGAGACAUACUGGGUAGAUCUGCAUCGAGAGAGUACUCUUUUGCUCACGAAAAUCCGCCUGGAGCGCCUGGAGCACCAGCUGCGGCUCCAACUCCAGCGUCACAGGUCCCUACGCAGCCCGGCUACUCUCUCGCCCAGGAGGAACAGGGUGUUUUCGCCAACUGCGUCUUUGUCGUCCAUGGAUUCCCCCAACAAAGAGCAGCGAUUUUGGAGCAGACUGUCGCGACUCUCGGCGGCAGCAUCGCCUCUUCCCUGCAGUCUCCCGCCAUGUUGUCUCAGCCAACAGACCCUGAGCACUACCGAUUCCUCAUAGUUCCCCAAACUUCACAGCCCGACACCCACCCCGAGGUACCCAACGAACACAUCCACGUCAUAACCGAGUUCUACAUCGAAAACUGCCUACACAACAAGCGAUUUUUUAACCCCAACGAGCAGGUUCUCGGGCGGCCGUUCCCCCUGUUUCCCAUUCCUGCGUUUUCGAGCUUGACCGUGUGCAGCGCCGCCUUUACCGGGAUCGAGCUCAACCAGGUUGCCAGAGCCGUCGCUCAGCUAGGAGGCAAGUAUGAAGAGUCGUUCCGUCGAUCAACAAACGUGCUCGUGUGCAAAUCCCUCAUGGCUAUGCGCAAGGAAAAACUCAAGUGCGCUUUGGACUGGGGCGUGCCUGUUGUCUCGGCGGACUGGUUGUGGGAAUGCAUAUCAAGCGGCAGCCUCGUACCUAUCCAAGACUUUGUAUACCCGGAACUCAGGAAACGCCGCGUCAAGCGACGAGAUCCGCGAGACCCCUUUGUCAACGAUGAAGACGAUGCGGAAACUGAGCAGCAGCCUCGAAAGGCUCCGGAGACGAAACCCGUGGCGAAGCCUGCCGUGGAUACAAGCGCCUUUGACAAGGACGUCCCUGGAAGAAAUCGCGCCAAGCAGACGCUCGAGUCCAUUACGUCGGCAGACUUUAUCACGGCACGAACACAUCCGGCUGAAACUGCAAUGGCUCUGGAGCUGCCAGAUACACUACAGCCAAAACAACAAUCAGUCCCACCCCCUGAACCAACAAAACAACCCCCUCAACCUUCCGAAACAGCAAAAGCAGCGAAAGAAGCUUCCGCCGACGAAAUCGAAAAGCAACGCCAGCUUGCCGCCGCCGCCGAACUCCGCCAGGGCCUCACCUCUGCCCUGUCCGAUCUCACCGGCUCCGAAGCCGCGACGCGUGAUCAACCCGAUGCGCGUGUUCUGCGCCGUCGCCGACAAAAGAUUCUCGGUCGCGCCAUUAGCAACGCUUCCAAUGCGAGCAGUGCUGCCAGUAUUGACGGUGCGGCUUAUCCUCCUCGCGCUCUACAAGAGGACGAAGAUGAGGAGGAGAGGGGGAGGCGGUCUCCGCCGGCAACACAGCUCGAGUAUCGCGAUCCCGAAGCCAUGGAGACCAAGGCCAUGUUGAUGAGCAGGAUGACUGGUGCUUCCGCUGAAGGGGUGUCGUCAGAAGGGCUUGGACGGACCAGGUCUUCGAGGAGGAGGUGAAGGAUUUUUUUUUACCGCUUGAUUAUACCUACAAGAGGCGCUGCGCUUUCUUUUUGCAGUUUCGUUCUUCUUUAAAGAUGUUGGGAUAUAUAGGAGUAAAAGAGC